AUGUUUAUGUAUCCACGUAAGGGUCUCAUCACCGAUCCAUACAACCAAGAGGACAUCAUCAUACAAGACGAUCAGUUCCCACCUGACUUCGCCGAGAACUCCCAGCAGUACCAACAAUCAUAUUUGCAACCACCUUUUCAGUACCAACCGAACCAAUUCGCCUCUCCGCCGUCUUCCGCGCCUUCCUCACCCACUUUCUCUUCGCCGACCUUCUCCAUUACUCACCCUCCCCAGGCGGUCGACUGCCAGUCUUACGGGGCUCCUUCGAUGACCCCGGCUUCUUCCUACAACCCGUCUUUGGACAUUCAGAGUUCCGCCUCGCCAUCAUCACAGCAAUAUCUGUCGCAAUAUCCUCAAUAUUAUUCGCCUAUGUUGGCCCAACCGCCUAUUGCUCCCAGCAACCAAGCUUGGGAUGGCAACUUGCAGCUGUUGAGCCCCGCUCGUAUUCCCUCUUACCCUCAGAAGGCCUCGCCCAGCUCGACCUCAUCACGAUCUGCGCCCAACACUCAACAUCGCCGAUCAGACAGCUCUAACAAGCCUCUCCCUACACCGGUGCAGACUCCCCUCCAGAAUUCCUUCUUGGCGCCAGCCUUCCAAAACUACGACCCAUUGAUCAACGAUGGUAGCAGUGUGGAAGCUGAGUCUGCAAUGAGAAGGGCGAUUAUCGAGCAACAAUAUAAGCACCAACAAUCCCCUCCUCAGCACCAGCAGGGCGAGUACUCGCAUUCCUUGGCUCCCUCAGUUUCCACCGUGAGCCAGAAUUCGCCAGUCACCCCGCAGACUACGCUUGACGAGCUUGAGGACGCAUCCAAGUCGAUGACCAAUGAAUACGCCAAUGGUAACUCUGGCAUGCCCAUUGGUGUUCCGAAGCUCAAUCGCACUAUUUCCGAUAUCUACCAGGACGAGCUUUACAACCCAGCCAUGAUGGCCGCUCCUCAGAUGUCCAAGCCGAUGGGCCAGAAUCUCAUGGCCCCUCGCAAUGUCAUCGCCGACCGAUUGCAGGCCGCUAACCAGGGUCACAUGUCUGCCCGCUCUCAAUCUCCAGUUUCUGGCAUGAUUAAGCGCGAAAGAUCACCUUUCCGCCAAAAUUCUCCGUUCACAUCCGAUAUGAACGCCUCUGGUCUGCAACCCCAAAUGGCUACGAGUGUUCCUAUGUCUCAGAAUGGCAUGUCCAUGGCUUCUACCAUGAGUCAAGGCGAUCUCAAAACUAUGUCCCCCAAGGAUGCGGUCCUGGACUUCAAUGAGAACGAUGAUGCUGCUAUGGCUCCCUUGUUCCCUCCGCAACAGGGCGACUUCAACCUGGGCGACGCUCUUGGAUUGCGCCGUGAGAGUUCUGGAUCAUCGCUCCAGCCCGCUUUGACUAUGGAUGCUUUCCCUUCGCAAUACGCUCCGGUCUCGCAAGCACCCUUUUCUUUUACCCAGCAAAGCCAGCCCCCGCAGACCUACCUCCAGCAGCCGAAGCUCAUUUCCACCCUCCCCCGAGUGGACUCUAACGGCAGCGAUCUACACUCUUCUGCGGAGAUGACCCCGCAAGCUCACGCCAAGCCAAUUUCCCGGCCCACUAACACGAACUCGGAUGCGGGCACCUACACCUGUACCUACCAUGGCUGUACCCUUCGGUUUGAGUCGCCUGCUAAGCUCCAGCGACACAAGCGGGAGGCGCAUCGACAGACAUCUCCUGGGGGUCAUCUGAUUACUCGGGACACCUCGCUACGCAAUUCCCAGGCCGGCCCGCACAAGUGCGAGCGUCUCAACCCAUCUACGGGCAAACCAUGCAACUCUGUUUUCUCCCGACCUUACGAUCUGACUCGUCAUGAGGAUACGAUCCACAAUGCACGCAAGCUCAAGGUGCGGUGCCACUUGUGCACCGAAGAGAAGACCUUCAGUCGCAACGACGCUCUCACCCGACACAUGCGCGUGGUGCACCCUGAAGUUGAUUGGCCUGGCAAACAGCGUCGCAGGGGAAGAGACUGA